GGCGGUUGAUCGAUCCAAGACAGAACUAACGUUAAGACUGAGUAUUUGAUCAGCUAAUUAGACGAUUUAGUCCUAAAUCCGCAAAGCAUUGAAUAAUCAUGAAGAACUCAUCGUCAUCCGUUUGUCUCAUUUUCUGGCUAUCCAUCGCAUGCUGUGUAAUGUGGACAAUCAAUGCACAAACUAGCAGCAGCCAAACAUCUGAUGCAGCAGUAACCUUGGAUGUGGAGGUGACGUCAGCAGACACCCCCGAACAAACAGAAGAGCCUGAAUCAGAGGGCACACCAUCACCUUCUCCCGUUCCUGAGCCUGCCCCUGGUGGUGGCAACGAGACCAAGGUCACAGAGAAACCAAAGAGUGGUAGUGUCAUCAAGACUGCUUCUAUCACCCUUCUCACCAUGGCUAUCCUAACAACCAACCUUGUUUAAUGAUUGUCUUCUUACGUCUCAGAAGAUACCUUCAUCAUUCUAUGGUUGAAGGGAGUGCAUUAGCAUGACUACAUGAGGUGGCGGACAUCAAAGAAUUGUUACAUAAAACCUCGGCUUUUGAGGAUUUGAAUUCACCAAGGGAGACGGACAAUCACUAAACUUUAACUUUCUUUAAAAUCCUUGCCGCCCAUUACCAGUUGACUUUUUUCAAUUCUUGUUGCAAUAUACUUUAGUUAGUGAAUUAUUUAUAGUUUUGAUGUCUUUUUGAUUGGGAAAAUGUUUGUCAUUUGACUGUAAAUAUAUGUUGUAACGUGAGAAAACUCUGCCUGAAUGACGCCUUUAGAAAAGCAGACCAUGGUAGGGAGAUUUCUUACAGUAGUGACAAAGUCCUGGACCCAGUAACCUAAAUCUUAGCGAUUGAUCACGGUUCUGAUUCAUACGAUUGAUUGCAUUGAUUAUUUUAUAUGAUCAAUUGUAAAAAUCAUUCCCACCAUCAAUCUCAAAGGUUUGUGUUACGGGGCCCUGAAAACUUUUAUUACACGAUUAUUAUGAUAAAAGUAAUCUGAUAUCCGAUUUUGUUUUUAUUUUGAAUAAGUUAUAAAUCCACGAUCUUACAUUGAAAAUAAGAAGUUUUUUACGGGUUUUUUACCUAAUAAAUUAUUGUGAAUCUGUAAAUUAGAUGAGUGCAGACCACGCAUAUUAAUAUAAAUUAAUUGCAUCCAUAAAUGGUAAAAUGGUAAAAAAUAAAAGAAAUAUUGAUGCAUGUUAAUGUUAAUCUUCUUAAUGAAUUAAGUCGAUUGAUCUCUAGUCACAAGCAUCGAAGUUGCAUCAUUCGCGGAUUUAAUACACAAAGAUAAAAUUUUCAUAAAAUAUAUUCAUAAUUUUAUUAAAAAGAAGAAGGGAAAAAAAAUCAGCGGUCAGAUCUAGGAAUUGACUGUGAAAUUGAUCUUCUCGGGGAAAAUACUAUGCAGCGUGGUUUUGGAAUUUGAGUCAAAGACGAUUUUUGAUCACAUUAAAAGUGCGUAAAGAACUUUGCUGUUUGCAUGAUAUUAAGUAUCAGUGAUGUUUAAUAAUUUCAUUCCUUUUAACUGUUCGCGAUCCUAAGAUGUAAUUUUUGUUACGGAUGAGAAUUGUGUCCAGAAUGAUAAAAAGCUGUAUGAUGACAGUACUCUGAAAACGUCUUCCGAUAGACCAGAACUCCACGAUGUCGAACUUCGUCGAGAUUAUUUGAUAGUAAAAUUUAAAACUGACUUUUUGUUCAUAACGGAUUUUAUAAUAAUCUAUAUUGUUCUCUGUGACUACAUGUAUUAUGUAAAACAAUAUGUAUUACGAAUUUUGAUUUAUAUAUUAUCUGUCUGUUUCACUUCAUUCAGUUUCUUCGAGAAGGAAUACACACAAUACAAGUUU